AUUCUAUACCUCCUUGCCGCCUGGGGCCUCAUAUCACUCGUCUCCCACAUCCUCCCUUUUACACCAAACCUACAACCAACCUCACACUCUCCCGUCCCCGAUGUCUACCGACCCGAGACCCUCCCCGCCGGCCUCACCAUCUGCGACUGCGGCAACACCAUCGACGAAGCCCUCCAUCUAAACUGCAUCUACGACUCCCUCGCCACCGCCUGGCUCCCUCCCCACUGCCGAGACGCCGAAUUAACCGCCCAAUUCGACCAAGCCGGUCCCGGCCCCAACGGUGAAUGGAGCUACUAUCUCGACGAGAACGGCACCAUCCCCCUGACGAAUAGCGAAAUCGCUCUGUUAGGCGAAACCGGAGGCUCGUUCUGGUCGACGCGAGAGUGGCAUAUCGCUCAUUGUGUCUUCUACUGGCAGAAGUAUUAUCGAAUGCGCGAUACGGGGACAGUGAUGGAGGCGCGGUUUGGGAGUUUAAGUCAUGUGGAGCAUUGCUCAAGACUGAUUAUGAGUCCCGUGCCGGAUCAUUUCUUUUUGCUCUCGGUGCCGGUUAUGAUGAAUUCGAGUGCCGAGCAUGAGAGGCCGUCGAGGCUUUCUCGGCCG